UAUAGACUACAUGGCGUCGUUUUGUCAACAUCCUCUUCGAUUUAUGACGUGAUGUAAAUUAUUAUUUAUUAGAUUCCAAAUCUAAUUUUAAAUUCAGUCAUAGAUCUAGAAUAGAUCUAAAUUUAAAAAAAAUUAAGGUUUCAGAAAAUGGCUUUUAUCAUUGUUGAGAAUCUCCGUGGCUUUUUUAACAGUCGACCUCCACUAGUUGUUUUUAUGAUUUGCUUGGCUUCUUUUGCAAUAGCUCUUAUAACUUUUGCAUAUAUUGUAAAGACAAAAGAAAUGGCCAACCCUGAUGUAUCAGAGGAUUGGAAUACUUUUUUGACAAAAUUUUCAAAACUGGAUUUUUGUGUUCCCCACAAUGCAUCUAUGCAUAUAAAUGCAAGUUCACCUAUAAAGGUAGCAGACCAGAGUCCAGCUGAAGUUUAUAACAGUUUAAAAGAUAAAAUUCAAGAUGUGGAUGCUGUAGAGUCUAGACAGAGCAAACGAUCAGUGACCAACAGGGCAAGUCCGGUGUCAGCAACAUUGAGCAGAGAAGAUCCAGUAACCCAGGAGCCUAGUACAACUGUCUACUCUAGGGAUAGCAUUGUCAAUGUUACAAUGUAUCUAAACAUUAAAGUGGCCCCCACACCAGAGCUGCUGUCCUUCCCCCUCAAUUUGAUGCAUUUAACUGCAACUAUUACUGGGAAAAUGCUGGAUUUAAAAGAGAGUCAGGAACACAUCUAUGUGACAAUGAUAUUUGCCAGCAACCUGACAAAAAGUAACUGCGAGGAAUGGCUGGGCUCUGAGUGCAGGCUACACACUAUAAAUACUUGUGUGACAUUUACUGCUCCAGCCUUCUUGUUGCCACACACUCAGAAGCCCAAACAAGCUGAGGUGUGUGGAGAUUUAGAGGGGGUGACCAAAAACAUGUCAGCUGCCAACACUGCCAUUAGUCAGAACUCAGAUUGGUGCCACAGUGGUGGACACUUGAGGGUGGAAUAUUCCUUGGAUGAUUCUCUGACAGUCAUGCUGUCACAACAAGAGAGAUCACUCAUCAAUCUUCAUCUUAUGAGGACAAGUUAUUUUCUCUUUGUAAUGGUAGUGACUAUGUUUUGCUAUGCUAUGAUUAAAGGCAGACCUGGGAAGAUAAAAACAGUCCAUGUUCAUUAUGACAAGGUGACAAGUCAGCCCUAAGUUGUGGUACCACUUCCCUUGAAUGUCAGGUUGACAUGAAAGGUCUCAAGUUGCUGAAGUAUUGAAUCUGUCAAAGAUAUCUGUGAAUGUCUGGUAAAGAUAUCUGAGAAUGUAAUUUUGUUAUAGGUAUCUGUGAAUAAUUGUAGUAAAAAGAAAUCUGAGAAUGUCUGUUGCAAAGUUAAUUGAGAAUAUCUGAAAACAUGCUAAAUCUGAUCAUCUGCCGUACUGACAUGUAUAAAUGUAGUUUUUGUAGUGCACAUUCUAAUGGACUCAUGUCACCAGUUGUUCUUAUGUAGUUUUUGUAGUGCACAUUCUAAUGGACUCAUGUCACCAGUUGUUCUUACCCUUUCAAGUGACAACACUAAAUGAAGUUAGUCUAGUGCUUCCAGCAAGUGUGCUAUAUAUAGGCAUUUAUUGCUGGCUUCUUAGUUUGAUGUUUGACUGUGUAAGAUGUAAUUUUAAUGUCUGACUGUAAGAUGUAAUUUAGAUGUUUGACUGUGUAAGAUGUUUGACCAGUAGAUACAGCAUGUACAGUAGAUGUCAAAGUGAAAGUUUGAAGGUUUUUUUUUUUACCUGCAUUGGAAAAUUUGAUUUCAUAAACAUUCCCACUGAUGGGCUCAUUGAAUUGUGCAUUCAAGAUUGAAAGACAUUUUGAAACAUCUAAAUGUAGAUCUCUAUCUAAAGGGAAUGGCCACUUACUCGUGUAUUUUGUUUGAGUUACAUUCUGUGCUAAAGCUUCAUGGAAGUUGUAGGGGAGCUAAUUGGCAUUUUAAAAAAUUGUCCUCCAUUUAGUAUUGCUGCUGUUGACGUUGUGAUGGGAACCUAGUGAUAUUGACUUGUGAUAUUAAGCUUAUGUAGAGCCUGGGUGUGGUGGUGAUCAUUGAGUGGAUUGACAAUCCCUGAAAACUUGUGCAAACACUUGUGAGAAACAGAUUCUCCCUACCAGAGCUCCCCGCUGCUGUAGAUAGCCCUUACAAAUGUUUGUGGAGAUGAAUAAGGGGGAGUGAGUCAAACUUUCUCAUGUUAUUCUUAGAAACUUUUUUUAAUGAAUAUCUGAGUUGAAAUAGUUGAAGAAAUUGUUUUGGUACAAAACUUCAAGUCUACGUGGUUAAGAGAUCAACAAAAGAUUGACUAAAAAUACUAGGUAUAUAAAUAAAUUUACUUUAAUUUGUUUAUAAUUAACUGGACACUUUUAUUACCUGUAUUAUUUGUGUUGACAACUCUUUGUAAAGAACUCUUGCUCUAGACCUCUUAUCAUGUUUGUUUUCAGUUUUCAUUCUAUGUCUUUAGAUCAGUGGCCACUUGAGUCACAGAUUGGAUUUAAAACUUGUCAUUUUUUAAGUAGAUUUGAACAAUUAAAAUUGCCCUUGUCUAUUUUUAUUUUAUUUGGCUUUAAAUAGAUUGUGAAUGCAAUGAAAUGUGUUUAUCUUUUGCUCUCCAAGUCCCUGCAUAUUGGAUGAAUAGGCUCAAGAUGGAAAGGCCGCUACAAACUUCAUCAACCAUUGUUUAUAAUCUGAUCUGUAUCAUUGUACAAUUUGCAAGUUAAAACAUAGAUUGUGACAGUAUGUUUUGUUCAAAUGACCAAGUUACUAGAAAAAACUAAAACAAGAUUUGGCAGACGUCCUUACCAAUUAUGACUGGUUUUAAAAAGUCUCAAGCAACACCCUAACCUUACUCUCUACAAGCAGGUGGACAGGAUUUGUUCAAGCUCUAUUGGCACUAUUCAUUCAGUGAUUGAAUAUGACAAAAAAAUCUUUAACCCAAAUGUCAAGUUUGGGAUUCAAUAGUUGCCUACACCAACACUAUGGAUGGCAUAUUUUGUUGUCAGAAAUCAGUCAAGAAGAUAAUGUUUGUUAAAUUUACUAAUUUAUGUUUCUUUGUUCCAUUGAAACAAAGAAUUGUUGCUAUUGUUUAAACUUUAUUUCUAAAACGAUGUGGGACAAUUUUUAUUCAUGUAUGUAUAUAAAUUAAAAUAUGUUUAUCAUAUAUAUUUAUAUAUAUAUACAUGUAUAUAUAAUCAUGUAAAUUUAUAUAUAUAUAUAUAUAUAUAUAUAUAUAUAUAUAUAUUGUUUUUCUUUCCAUGAGGAUGAUACUUGUCAUGUUAAUAUUUUAACUUAAAAAAUUUAAAUAUAAAGGUUUCAUUUCUU